AUGUCCGCCGUCACGCCAAAGUCAGAGGUUCAAGCAAUGUUCAAAGGGACCAAGAUUCUACUCCCAGACAUCCCCAGUACCCUGCCAGGCUGGCGAGUAACUGAGAGAGAGGACUGUAGCCCCUAUGUAAAGGAAGCUAUCAAUUCAUGGGCAAAAAGCAUAAGCCAAGACGAAGCCUUUUUUAAAAAGACCGCCGCAGCAAAGUUCGGACUUGUCGCACAGUUCUUGUAUCCUGACGGCGACGAGGAGGCUCUUGCUACUAUUGCCUGCUUUUACGCCUGGGUGUGGGCAUGGGACGACGUCUUUGAUACCCAAUUUGAAGGUGUUGACAGCAUGCAAAUCCGGGAAGAGACAACUCUCAAUUUUGAAUAUCUACUUGCCGACCCACCGGGGCCUAAGCCGUCCGUUGUCUCUCCCCUUAACUCUUCCUUCUCCUGGUUUGCAGGCCGCAUCAAGAAGAAGAUGUGUAAAGAACCUCGUGAGCGCCUGUUGCGCGAUCUGAAGGAAUUUGUCCAUAACGUUACCAGCUGGUAUGGAAGACAGGAUGAUAACGUGCCUACAUUAUCGGAGUACUAUGUCAUGAGGCGAGAAUGCGUAGGUGUAGCACCAACUAUCGACCUUAUAGAAUACUGCUAUGGCCUGGACAUCCCGCCGACAAUGGUAGGCCACCGCGCCUUUCAGCAAAUUCUGGAAAAAACAAGAGACAUAGUUAUGAUCUCAAAUGACAUGGUUUCACUUGCCCGGGAACUUCGCGCAGGACACGUCGAUAAUAUCGUAAGUGUCCUGGCGUAUCAUGAAGGUAUGAGUCCACAGGAAGCAAUGGAUCAUGCAGCGGUACUGCUUCGACAAGCACAUGCAGACUUUGAGAGCGCCGAGCGAGAUCUACCACUGCCGUCUGGGAAUGACACAUCGGACGAAGAGCUCCGAAAGUUCGUAUUGGGAUGCAAGGAUGUCUGUGCUGGUCUUAUGAAGUGGAGCAAUUAUACUGGGAGAUAUUUUGGGGAGAACCCAACCUACGAGGAUGGCAAGAUUUUGGUUCAUUUUUGA